AUGUCUUCUUCUCCUGGUAUCAAGCGUCGGGAGCAUGUGGACAUGAUGUACAUCUCUAUUGAGACAGCCAUCGCCCUGGCCUCUGUGAUGGGGAAUGUGCUGGUGGUGCUGGCUGUGUGUGUGAAUCGGACUCUCCGCAACACCACCUUCUGCUUCAUUGUAUCUCUAGCCGUGGCUGAUAUCGCUGUGGGGGUUUUGGUCAUCCCCCUGGCUAUCAUCAUUAGUCUGGGAUUUAACACUGAGUUCUACACCUGCCUCUUCCUGUCCUGCCUGCUGCUCAUCAUCACCCAGAGCUCCAUCCUUUCCCUGCUGGCUAUCGCCAUCGACCGAUAUCUGCGUGUCAAGAUUCCCACCAUGUACAGCACCAUAGUGACCCAGAGGAGAGCAUAUGUGGCAGUAUGUCUGUGUUGGAUCCUCUCCUUCCUCACUGGACUGGUUCCAAUGAUUGGAUGGAAUAACCGCAAUGUUCAAGGAAACCUCAGCAGUUCCAGCAGCAUUGUCUGUGAAUUCACGGCUGUCAUGAGGAUGGACUACAUGGUGUACUUUAAUUUCUUCGGCUGGGUGGUGGUCCCGCUGUCCGUGAUGAUCGCUCUGUACGCGGAGAUCUUCAGGGUGAUCCGGCGACAGCUUAACCGCCGUGCUGAAGCCACGUGUGAUGCAGAAAGGUACUAUCGGAAGGAACUGAAGCUGGCCAAAUCUCUGGCGCUGGUGGUGUUUCUCUUUGCUGUGUGUUGGCUGCCAAUACACAUCAUGAACUGCAUUGACUUCUUCUGCCCAACGUGUUCCAUACCCAAGUUUGCCAUGUAUGUAGGCAUCUUCAUGUCCCAUGUGAACUCCGCACUUAACCCGAUGGUUUAUGCGUUCAGGAUAAAGAUGUUCCGCGACACGCUGAUAAAGAUCACUCGCCGCUGCAUGUUAUGUAAACCCACGGAGCCCACCCCGUGCCCCACCGGCACACCAGCACUGACGGAGAAAGUGGAUGUAAAACUGCAGCAGUGAGAUGGUGCGUCGAUGACACUCGUGGGAUUAAGUGAUAUUUGGAUUAUCAACCCAUUAACAAACACUACAAACUAAGCACUUCAUUGAGUCGUGGGACAAGUUCAUCUCUGACACAUUCAUAUUUAUUUGACACAGUUAGAUUUUAAGAAAACGAGCCUGCAAUCAAGACAAAAAUUAUAUUAAUUGCAUCAUUUUGUUUUCAUUCAAGGCUUCCUUAUUUGAUUCAUAUUGAAUUGUACGAUAUAUUGUCGACAUAAUA